AUGUGUGGGGAUUGGGUGCACCCUGGACAGGCCCUAAUCUGGGUCAUUUGGAUCUUUGCAGUCAUCAUCAGGGGGUCUGGGGCUGAAGAGCCACAAAGGUACACCAAGCUAGGAUGGGUCAGGGGGAAGCAAGUCACUGUGCUGGGAAGCCUCGAACCUGUGAACGUGUUCCUGGGGAUCCCUUUCGCUGCACCCCCUCUUGGAGCCCUGCGAUUUUCCAGUCCACUGCCUGCGAUCCCCUGGCUUGACUUGAGAGAAGCCACCUCCUAUCCCAGUUUGUGCUUUCAGAACCAAGAGUGGCUCACCACAUAUCAAAAAGUGCUCCAAGUGCAUUACCCUAAGUUGGAAGUCUCAGAAGACUGUCUGUACCUCAACAUUCAUGCGCCAGCCCAUGCCAACUAUGACUCCAGUCUCCCGGUCAUGGUUUGGAUACCAGGAGGUGGCUUUGAGACUGGCUCAGCCUCCAUCUUUGAUGGGUCUGCCCUGGCUGCCUACGAAGAUGUGCUGGUUGUGACCAUCCAGUACCGUCUAGGAAUAUUUGGCUUCUUCACCACACAGGACCAGUAUGCCCCCGGGAACUGGGCCUUCCAGGACCAGCUGGCAGCCCUGCUAUGGGUCAAGGAGAACAUCAAGUUCUUUGGUGGAAACCCUGAUUCCGUGACACUCUUUGGUGGCUCAGCAGGAGCCAUAAGCAUUUCUAGUCUCAUUCUGUCUCCUUUGAGCACGGGCUUAUUCCACAGGGCCAUCAUGGAGAGCGGAGUGGCCAUCAUUCCAAACCUGAAGGGCCUCGAUGAUGAGCGGAAAAAUGAUCUGCAGGUAGUUGCGGAUGUCUGUGGUUGCAGUGUGUUAGACUCCCAGGCUAUGCUGACGUGCCUGAGGGGAAAGUCUUCCUUGGAGUUGCUGAGCCUUGGCAAGAAAACAAAGUCAUUCACUCGAGUGGUCGAUGGUUCUUUCUUUCCCGAUGAACCCCUAGAACUGUUGUCUCAAAAGGCAUUUAAAGCAGUUCCUUCUAUCAUCGGAGUCAAUAACCAAGAAUGUGGUUACAUACUGCCCAUGAAGGACACCCCUGAGAUCCUCCUCGGCUCCAACAAGUCUGUUGCUCUUAACUUGAUACACAUUUUCCUGCACAUCCCUACCCAGUAUUUGCAUGUUGUAGCUGAAGAGUACUUCCAUGGCAUGCACUCCCUAACUGAGAUCCGAGACACUUUACUGGACUUGCUUGGGGAUGUGUUCUUUGUGGUUCCCGGGCUGGUCACAGCUCGAUAUCACCGAGAUGCUGGUGCACCUGUCUAUUUUUACGAGUUUCAGCACCGACCCCAGUGCUUUGAAAACACAAGGCCAGCCUUUGUGAAGGCCGACCACACAGAUGAAGUCCGCUUUGUCUUUGGAGGUCCUUUUCUGAAGGGCGAUAUAGCCAUGUUUGAGAAAGCCACUGAGGAAGAGAAGUCGCUCAGCAGGAAGAUGAUGAAAUACUGGGCUAACUUCGCCAGGAGCGGGGAUCCUAACGGGGCCGGCCUGCCUCCGUGGCCAGUCUACGACGAGGACGAGCAGUACCUGAAGCUGGAUUUGAACAUCAGUGUUGGACAGAGACUGAAAGAUCAGAGAGUGGAAUUUUGGACGGAUACCCUCCCCCUUAUCAUGUCUGCUUCAGAAGCACUGCCCAGUUCUGCUUCCCCCUUAAUCCUCUUUUCUCUACCUUUGCCUUUCCUUUUCUCUGGCGCUCUUUAG